AUGGAGGAAAAAUCCCAUGAGGAAGAGGAUCAAAUCGUGACUCCGUGGGAAGUAACCGCCGAAAAGGGCGGCAAAAUCGACUACGACAAGCUUAUCGACAAAAGUUCGGCUGCCAGAGGAUCGAUCAGCCGCUCGUUGACCGCGUCGCCCGCCUCACGCGCCGACCUCCCCACGUCUUCCUCCGCCGCAGCUGACGUCCUCGAUGCUUACGAAAGAGGGGAGAAGUUUUAUCUCUACACUGGCCGUGGCCCCUCAUCGGAGGCACUGCAUUUGGGCCAUCUUGUGCCCUUCAUGUUCACAAAGUAA